UGGUGGUAGUGGUGGUGUGUGGAAGGAGCGUGGAGUAAACAUACGACCUCAACUACGCGUCGCAAGCACACACAACUCGCCUCUUUGUUUCCUGCUAGUUUGAUUCUCAAGUUUUCUUUUGCGAGAAGUUGCUUUCGAAUACGGUUUUUCUCUUGCAGUGUUCCUUAGGUGUCCUUGCUUCUUUUUAUUUCAAAAAUUUUAGACUACCCACCGUAUUUUAGGUUAAGUUAUCACUUGUUAACACUGUGCCUGUGACCGUAUUCAGGCUUAGAAAUAGAAAUAGUACCAAGCAAAUAUCUUCUCUUCUUUUGUUUAUUCCUCUCGUUGAAGAUGAAGAAAGGCGUUAAGCAACUAAUUUCCAUGGCAGCUGUCUGCUCUGGUGGAACCUUUGUCUUUGCUGGUUACAAUAUUUACCAUGGGAAUGAAAAGUUCUAUGAUGAUAUUCUUAUCCCACUGUCUCACCGCCUUAACCCUGAAACGGCUCACAAUGUUGCUGUUCAAGCAUCCAAGUUCAACUUGAUUCCACAUAGUCGCUUUAAAGAUCCUGAAUGCCUGAAAACCAAUGUUUGGAAUAUAAAAUUUCCUAAUCCUGUUGGUAUGGCCGCUGGUUUUGAUAAACAAGGUGAAGCUGUAAAUGGUUUGCACAAUGUUGGGUUUGGAUUUGUAGAAAUUGGCUCUGUUACGCCUAUCCCCCAACCAGGCAACCCUCAGCCUCGAGUUUUUCGAUUACCAGAAGAUAGUGCUGUCAUUAACAGAUAUGGCUUUAACAGCGAUGGCCAUGAUGCUGUUUAUGAACGACUUCAGGUCUUAAGAAAAAAUGGAACUGAUUGCAUUAUUGGAGUCAAUCUUGGUAAAAAUAAAACAUCGAAUGACCCUGUGCAGGACUACAUAGAUGGUAUUAAAAUGUUUGGAGAAGUAGCAGAUUAUCUUGUAAUUAACAUAUCCAGCCCCAAUACUCCUGGUCUUCGAGACUGGCAGCACAGUAGCCAGCUUCAAGAGCUUCUCUCAGCUUUAGUAUCGGCAAAGAACAAACUACCUCAACCGAACAAACCCCCGCUUCUUUUAAAGUUAGCUCCUGAUCUGACCCAGCAAGAAAGAAAAGAUAUUGCUAAAGUCAUUUCCCGAAAGGAGUGUGCGGUUGAUGGCUUGAUAAUAUCAAAUACCACAGUUUCUCGAGAAAAUCUUCAAAGUCCUGCUGCGGUAGAGCAAGGAGGAUUAAGUGGAAAGCCAUUGACCGUCUCAUCAACGGGUUUAAUAAAAGAUAUGUUCGUUUUAACUAAAGGUAAAGUCCCUAUUGUAGGGGUUGGUGGAAUAUUUACUGGCAAGGAUGCUUAUGAAAAGAUAAGAGCUGGUGCAAGCCUCAUACAGUUCUACACCGCUUAUAUCUACCAUGGACCCCCAAGAAUUACAAAAAUAAAACAGGAGUUGAGUGACCUCUUAAGUGCUGAUGGAUAUAGAAGUGUUGCAGAGGCCGUUGGAAAGGAUGUGAAAGUUUGAUGUCUUUGAUGUCUGAUGGGUAGACUUUGGGCAAUGAUAACACAGAUGUAUCCCAUAUUAAUUAAAUGUUUUUAUUUGUUUAAAUUUUUUUAAAAAAUUG